UAUUGCACAUUUGAGUAGACUACUAAUAAUAUAUAGUAGAUGGAUUGGUGUUUUCAAAUCCCAGGACACAAAGCCAUUCAAAUCCAGCAUUGCAUUUUAAAUUAGUCUGUGGAUAAAUGCCUGGCUAUUGUGGAGUUGGGCUAGUGUACAAUUAGCUCAUUGUUUUCGAUGGUUUGUAUUGAGGGCACUGUAGGAUUGCAAGAGCAAAGGCAAACAUGCUCCUGGAUGUCUAAUGAGGGAGUUGUUCAGUACAGUAGUCGCAGCUCAGAGGACCUUCAUUCAUUAACUGGGAGACUUUGGGAGAGGCUGCAACAACCACGGUGUCUUUAAGGAGUGACGGUGGAUAACAACAGGAGCUCAUUUCUGCUUUCAGGAUUGUUGGAGUCUCCUGUGCUAACAGUAUGGAGCCAAACAGUCCAAAGAAGAUUCAGUUUGCAGUGCCUUUAUUUCAAAGUCAUUUAGACCCUGAGGCAGCUGAACAGAUCAGAAGGCGAAGACCUACUCCAGCUUCACUUGUUAUUCUUAAUGAGUCAUCACCAGAUUGCCUGGUGUCUGCUCAUUCCAGAGAUGUUGUUCUUUCCCCGAAGAAAGAAGUAGAUGAAAAGAGGGAGAACAAUCCACAAGGUGAGAAUGCUGAGAUGUCACCUCAACAAAGAAAGAAGAGUGUAUAUACACCUCCAACUAUGAAAGAACUUCAGUUGCUGGUGGAGCACCAUCUUCAGAAACAGGAGCAACCGGAGCAGGAUUACUCUGAAAGUGAUACCAGCUGUCUAGAUGAGCUCAGCCCAAUGAUGACUGAGUGCUGUCACAGCAAUGGAGCCCCUGCUUUCUUGGCAGACACAGACUGGGGCCCUGUCAACUGCUGUGAACACAUCAGCAAUCAAACAGGCAUCAAACUGCUACUAAAUGCUGAGGACCACCCAGGCAACAGCUCUAUUGGUGUUGCAGGAGCAGAAAAGGUAGUUCCCCUUAAAUGUAAUGAUGAGGUGCCUCAUUCGUUCUCAAGAAGUUCACAGCAGCAACAGACAGAAACAGACACAGAUGAGCAAAUUUUGAAACCACGACGGAAAAACACUCCCUUUCAGCGCCAGCCACCACUCACGACAGGGGUGAAACAUCUAAGGAGUCAUAAUGAGACACCAUUCCUUGAGGAGGAGGAGCCAACAACUGAAAGAGAAGAGGACUGGUCGCAAAAAAACAAUUUGUGAGCAGUUGAAAGGGAGGUUUAAUGUAUCUGAACUGAGAAACUUUUCAAAUGAGAUCAUCCUGCUUCAAAUCUUAUGGGUGUUCAGGCCUUCUGCACAUUACAUGAAAAGUGCUGAAUGCUUACAAAUCUAAUAGUAGGAAUCCAUGUUUGGUCCAGGACAUAAUUCUUUCAUGUCUCACAGAAUCUGAGGAAUACAUGUGAUAUGAUGUAUAGAACCAAAGACCAAAUCUCUGUCUCACAAGUAAAUUCACUUUGUAGUCACUUGCCAAUAGAAAUAGAAAUAAUAUUGAUAUUAUUGGUAUUGUAAAAUGAUUAAUGUUUAAUAUUCUACUACUUAAUGUGUGAUGUGAAUCUCUAACCUAGUGUAAAUAAUGCUUAAUUGAAAAGUUAUAAAUAAAGACAACAAAAUAAAACAA